AACGUAAACAGAUCCUCCAGAAGCACCAGGCAAACCGGCCGUCGAUGACUACGGCGUGGACUUUGUCGAACUCAAGUGGGCGGCUCCGGAGAAGGACGGCGGACGGCCCAUCACGCACUACAUUAUCGAGUGCAAGAACAAGUUCAUGACGGACUGGGGCGAGUGUGCGAAAACCUCUACUCCCGACACCGUCUUCAAGGUUCACGGCCUGAAGGAGAAGGUGGUCUACCAGUUCCGUGUCCGCGCGGUCAACAAGGGUGGCACUUCCAAGCCUUCCGAGCCAAGCGAGAACCACACCGUCAAACACAAGAACCUGAAACCUCGCAUCGAUCGAACCAACCUGAAGAACCUCACCAUCAAGGCGGGCAAGUCUAUGAGCUGGGAGGCAGACGUCAAGGGUGAGCCCGAACCGGAGAUCAUCUGGAGCUGGCGUGAUAACAUUCCGCUUACUGUGAGCGAGAACAUCAAGGUGGAGUCGGCCAACUACCACACCAAGUUCUCGAUCAAGGAAGCAAAGCGUGCCGACACUGGCAAGUACAAAGUUUUGGCUCAGAACGCCUCCGGUAAGGAUGAGGUAGAGAUAGAGCUGGUGGUCUUGGGUGCUCCUGGCAAGUGCCAGGGCAAGCUCGAGAUUUCCAACGUUACCAAGAAGGGUCUGAAGCUGAAAUGGAAGAAACCGCUGGACGACGGUGGUUGCCCAAUCAAGGAGUACAAGAUCGAGAAGUUGAAGAACCGCAAUGGCAAGUGGGUGCGCUGCGGUACGGUCAAGGGUGGACCGGAAAUUCUCGAAGCCGAUAUUACCGGUCUGGAUGAGGGAGCCACGUACAAGUUCCGUGUGUUCGGUGUGAACGACGAAGGUGAAUCCGAACCACUGGAAUCGGACGAGGUCGUUGCCAAGAAUCCAUUCGACGAACCAUGGAAACCGGGUCAACCGGAGAUUGUGGACUUCGAUAACAAAUCCGUGAAGCUGAAGUGGGCACCUCCGAAGUCCGAUGGUGGUGCUCCAAUUGUUCAAUACAUCGUUCAGAAGAAGGAACGCUUCAAGGAUUGGGAGGAUGUCAAGGAAGUUCCCGGACAUGAGACAACGGCUACGGUUGAGGAUUUGAAGGAGAACACCGAGCUCCAGUUCCGUAUCGUUGCGGUCAACAAGGCUGGACGUUCUCCCGAAUCGGAUCCAACGGCCACCCACAAGGUCAAGCACCGUUCGUUGAAACCACGUAUCGAUCGCACAAACUUGAAACCGAUUGUGGUCCGUGGAGGCAAGAUGGUUCACUACGACGUCAAUGUGAAAGGUGAGCCAGAGCCUGAGAUCACUUGGGUGCUCAAGGAGAAGCCAAUCCUUGGUGACGACCAUUACGAAAUCAUCAACAAGGACUACAACACCAAGUUCACCAUCAAGGACAGCAUGCGUAAGCAUAGUGGCGUGUACGAGAUCAUCGCGAAGAACGAGCACGGUAUGGACAAGGAGAAGGUCGAAAUCACAGUACUUUCCAGUCCGGGUAGACCGAAGGGACCUCUGGAGGUGAAGAACGUCACCAAGGACGGAUGCAAACUCAAGUGGAAGAAACCGGACGACGACGGUGGCAAACCAAUCACCGCGUAUCAGUUGGAGAAGUUCGAUCAAAAGGUUGGUCGCUGGGUCCCGAUCGGAAAGGCUCCGGGAGAUGCCGAAGAGUUUGAUGUGACCGGACUGCAGGAAGGACAGCACUACAAGUUCCGCGUCAAGGCCAUCAACGAUGAAGGCGAAUCCGAGCCGCUGGAAACUGAGGAAUACACGGUGGCGAAGAAUCCGUUCGAUAAGCCGAAAGCUCCCACCGAUGUGGUUAUCAACGAUUGGGAUAACUCCAGUGUUGUGCUUCAAUGGAAACGCCCUAUCUCGGAUGGCGGUGCUCCCAUCAGUGGAUACUUCAUUGAGAAGAAGGAGCGUGGUGAUACCAAAUGGGAGCCGGCUCUGACGACUUACAGUCCGGAGUGUCAAGCCAAGGUUACUGAUCUGCCGGAGAAGCGUACUUAUCAGUUCCGCGUCAGUGCCAUCAAUAAGGCUGGUACUGGUGAGGCGUCUGAUCCAACUGGUUUCCAUACUGUAAAGCACCGUUACCUGCGCCCACGCAUCGAUCGUACGAACCUCACGCCAAUCACCGUCAAGGCUGGAUUGUCGGUACAGUUCGACAUCGACAUCGAGGGUGAGCCUGCCCCGACCGUCAAAUGGUUCCACGGAGACAAGGAAGUCGUCACCGAUGCGGAUUACAAGAUCGACAACAUCGAUUACAAUACCAAAUUUUUCAUUGUACGCGGUCGCCGAAAUCUGACUGGCAAGUAUACGAUAGUGGCCACCAACUCGCAGGGUGAGGACCGUGCUGAAGUGGAGAUUACAAUUCUUAGCAAACCGGGAACACCCGAAGGGCCACUGGAAGCCACGGACGUUCACAAGCAUGGCUGCAAGCUCAAGUGGAAGCCUCCACUGGACGACGGUGGUAUGCCGAUCGAGGGCUACGAAAUCGAGAAGCUGGACCCACUGACGGGACAAUGGAUUCCUUGUGGCCAGAGCAGUACCCCGGAGGCAAACAUUUCCGGCUUGCAGGAAGGCAAGCAGUACAAGUUCCGGGUUAAAGCGUUCAACAAAGAAGGUGACAGUGAGCCUCUGGAGAUGGAGACCGUGGUGAUUGCCAAGGAUCCAUUCAGCGAGCCAAGUAAGCCGGGCCGUCCUACGCCUACUGACUGGGGUAAAGACUUUGUCGAUUUGGAGUGGACCAAACCGAAGUCAGAUGGUGGCGCUCCGAUCACGGAGUACAUCAUCCAAAAGCGUGACAAGUCGAGCCGUAAGUGGCAGGACGCAGCUACCGUUAGCGGUGAUCGAACUCGUGGCACUGUUGAAGAUGUUGAAGAGGGCCACGAGUACGAGUUCCGGGUGGUUGCAGUCAACAAAGCUGGACCCUCAGAACCGAGCGAUAUCUCCGAUAGCGUGGUUGCUAAGCCGCGCAACUUGGCUCCAAGAAUCGAUCGCAAGAAUCUGGACAAGAAGCUCCUCCGCAGCGGCCAGCUUCUGAACGUGGAAGCGGACGUCACUGGUGAACCAGCACCAACGAUCACGUGGGAGCUCAAGGGCAAGCCCAUCACCGGAAAGGAGGAAGAACGCAUCCGGCUAGAUAACGAAGACUACAAGACUAACUUGAUUAUUAGAAACUUGAAACGUUCCGAUUCAGGCAUUUAUAAAGUUACUGCUAAGAACAAAAAUGGCACAGACACUGUUGAGAUGGAAUUGGUGGUGCUGGCAAAACCUUCGAAGUGUACGGGCCCACUGAAGGUGUCGGAUGUCACGGCAGAGACCUGCAAACUGUCUUGGCUGCCACCUGAAGAUGAUGGCGGUGAGCCAAUCCAGGCCUACAUCGUCGAACGCAUGGAUGUCGACAGUGGCCGGUGGAUCCAGGUUUGUGAGUCUCGAUUCCCUGAGGCAGAUGUUAGCGGACUGCAAGAAGGCAAGGACUACAUGUUCCGCGUGAAGGCUGUCAACAGCGAGGGUGAAUCCGAACCAUUGGAAACCGAUACCAGCACCCGUGCUAAGAAUCCGUAUGACCCACCAAGCGCCCCUGGAAAACCAAAGGCCACCGAUUGGUCAAGAAAGCACGUCCUUCUGGAAUGGGCUGAACCAGAAAGCGAUGGAGGUGCUCCCAUCACAAAGUACAUUAUCGAGAAGAAGGACGUUAACAGUACCAAAUGGCAGAAGGCCAUGGAAACCGAUGGACCAGUCGCCAAGGCCAAGGUUCAGGAUCUGUUUGAAGGCACCACUUAUCAGUUCCGUGUGAAGGCCGUCAACAAAGGCGGACAAAGUCCGUACUCACCUUUGUCGGAUCCAGUUCUGGUGAAGGAUCGCUUUGCUCCACCAAGAAUCGAUCGUUCUACGCUCAAGAACAUGACACUGAAGGGAGGUCAAUCACUGCGUCUUGAUUGUAAGAUUAGUGGUGAACCAGCCCCGACCAAGUACUGGUUGCUGAACAAGGCUCGUGUCGAGAAGGACAACGCUGAAGUCCGGGUUGAAUUUGAAGACUACCGCGCCAAGCUGACGAUCGGAGCCGUAACUCGUGCACACAACGGCACCUACGAGAUCAAGGCUGAGAACUCAUCCGGCUUCGACGAGCAUCAGUUCACCGUUACUGUGUUGGACAAACCAACCGCUCCCGAAGGACCUCUCAAGGUUUCCAACGUUCACAAGGAAGGCUGUUCGCUCAAAUGGAACCCACCACUAGACGACGGCGGAGUGCCAAUCGAUCACUACAACGUGGAGAAGUUCGAUAAGGAAACCGGACGAUGGGUUCCUGUCGGACGCACUCCCGACACUCAUAUGGACGUCACCAACCUGGAACCAGGACAAGAAUACUUGUUCCGAGUGUCCGCCGUUAACGAUGAAGGCGUCUCGGAGCCACUGUCCACGGAACAGUUCAUGGUGGCCAAGAAUCCCUUCGACGAACCUGGAAAACCAGGCACACCGGAAGCCUACGAUUGGGACCGCAACUUUAUCGAACUCCGCUGGACUCCGCCGGUAUGCGAUGGUGGCUCUCCGAUCACCAAAUACAUCGUGGAGAAACGCGAGCACGGAACCAUCAAGUGGAUUAGGGCUGCCGAAGUCAUUGGCAACAAGUGCGAAGCCAAGGUUACGGAGCUGAACGAAGGCGAGGUGUACGAGUUCAAGGUUCGCGCCGUCAAUGAGGCUGGUCCCGGCGUUUGGAGCGACCACAGCAAACCGAUCACUGCCAAACCAAGGAAGCUGCCUCCGAAGAUCGAUCGUCGCAACUUGAAGAACCUCAGCGUGGCUAUCGGCGAGCCGUUCGGCUUUGAUGUCAAAAUUUCCGGUGAGCCCGCACCAGAUGUGGACUGGACGAUCAAUGAUCGCAUGGUCACAGUUACGACCACGCGUACCAUUGACAACGUGCCGUACAACAGCAAGUUUGCCAACUCGAAUCCGGAUCGUCGUGACUCUGGCAAAUACAUAAUUAAGGCAACCAAUAAGUUCGGUACCGAUCAAGUGGAAAUUACGGUGACUGUGAGAUCCAAACCAAGUGCACCGGAAGGCCCACUGGAGGUUAAGGAUAUGACAAAGGACAGCUGCAGACUGGAGUGGCAGAAACCGAAGGACGAUGGUGGUGUUCCGAUCGAUCACUACGUAAUCGAGAAGUUCGAUCCGGACAACGGUAUCUGGAUGACGGCCGGCAAGGUUGAGUGGCCUUUCACUGAGUUCCCGGUUGAGGGUCUGGUUCCUGGCCAUCGCUACAAAUUCCGUGUCAAGGCCGUCAACGCCGAAGGUGAAUCCGACCCGUUGGAGUCGGCUGGAACCUAUUUGGCGAAGGAUAGCUUCUCCGUUCCCGAUACGCCCAGCGCUCCGACGGUCGUUGAUUGGUCUGAGAACCACGCCGUACUCAAGUGGCCAGAACCAGACAAUGGUGGCAGUCCGAUUACCGGAUAUAUCAUCGAAAAGAAGGACAAGUACAGCCCAAUCUGGGAGAAAGCCUGCGAAACCACUUCUUCAACCCCAACCGCUACCGUCGGAGGAUUGGUUGAAGGAAACGAAUACCAGUUCCGUGUCAUUGCAGUCAAUAAGGCAGGACACUCGGAUCCAUCGGAUGCCAGUCGCACGUUCAUCGCCAAACCACGGUUCGCUCCACCGAAGAUUGACCGCAGAACGAUUCGGGAUAUUUCCAUAUCCGCUGGAUCGAUGCUCAAGUUUGACGUCCAUGUGUCCGGUGAGCCAGCACCCAAGUGUGAAUGGCGCAUCAACAAAGCAACCGUUUCCAGUGAUAGACGUCUCGAGAUCCUCAAUACGGAUUACAAUUCCAAAUUUAUUCUGCGCCCAGCCAACCGCAAUGAUUCUGGAGAUUACGAAAUCACUGCCACCAAUUCUUCCGGACGCGAUCAGGUUUGUGUCCAAGUGGUUGUUACUGACAAGCCAGGCACUCCCGAGGGUCCCCUCCAAGUAUCGGACGUCACAAAGGAGUCCUGCAAGUUGAAAUGGAAGCGACCACGCGACGAUGGUGGUUGCGACAUUGAAUACUACCAGAUCGAACGUUUCGAUGAGGACGCGAACGCAUGGGUUCCACAUGCUCGUAGCGUAGAAACCAAUGCUGACAUCAGUGGACUGCAAAAUGGAAAGAAAUACAAGUUCCGUGUCAGUGCAAUCAACGCUGAAGGAGAAUCCAAGCCUUUGGAACAAGUUGGAGACUUCAUUGCGAAGAAUCCGUUCGACGAACCAUCGCCUCCACAGAACUGCAAAGCAACCGAUUGGGGUCCAGACUUUGUCAAACUGGCCUGGUUGCCGCCGGUCAGUGACGGUGGAUCUCCGAUCACCGGCUAUGUCGUUGAAGUUAAGGACAAGUACGGAGAGUGGGAAAAGAAGAUGCAAGUUCCUGCCGAUGCUACCAAUGCUGAUGUUCCGGAUCUGAUGGAAGGACAGAAAUACGAAUUCCGUGUUCGUGCUGUCAACAAAGCUGGUCCAGGUGAUCCAAGCAACGCCACUCCGCCAAUCAUCUGCAAACCGAAGAAUCAACCACCGAAGAUCGACCGUACCAACCUGAUCGAUGUACGUAUCAAGGCGGGUAAUAAUGUGGUGUUCGACGUCAAGGUUACUGGAGAGCCUGUGCCGACGACUAGAUGGUUGCUAAACAAACGCGAAUUGAAACAGAACGAACGCUUCAAGAUUCAGGACUACGAAUACAACACCAAGAUAACCAUUCGUUCGGCCACACGUGGCGAGUCAGGAACCUACACGAUUGAGGCUGAAAAUGAAAAUGGCAAAGAUACGGCCAAUGUGUUCGUCACUGUUUUGGACGUUCCGAGCCCACCAGGAGGACCACUCAAGGUACAGGAGAUUACUGCCAAUGGAGCAAUCCUGGAAUGGCGUGCUCCGGAGGACGACGGUGGUCUACCGAUCGAUAACUAUAUCGUCGAAAAGCUGGACGAAGCUAAGGGAACUUGGGUGUACGCUGGUGACUCGGGCAGCAACAAGUGCAAGGCGGAAAUCGACGGUCUCAUCGAAGGACACUCGUACAAGUUCCGCGUCCGAGCCCAGAACAAAAUGGGCAAAUCCGAGCCACUGUCGAUGGCCAAUGCCGUGGUCGCAAAGAAUCCAUUCCGUGCUCCACAGCGUCCAGAGGACCUCGUCAUCACGGACUACGACAAGGAUUACGUCGAACUGGAAUGGAAGGCACCGGAAAACGACGGAGGAGCUCCGAUCACCGGCUACGUGGUUGAGAAGCUGAGCAAGUACUCGGGAGAUUGGGAAAAGUGCGCUGAAGUUGACGGUGACGCCGUCACGGCAAAGGUUCCCGAUCUUAUCGAAGGAACCGCCUAUCAAUUCCGUGUUAAGGCGAUCAACCGUGCUGGAGAAGGAGAAGCAAGUAAGCCGACAGACUCACAUAUCGCCCGCAGCAAGAACCAACCGCCGAAGAUCGAUCGUUACUCUCUUAACAAUGUUAAAAUCCGAGCGGGACUCACGUUCGAAUUCGAUGUUCCGGUUCAGGGUGAACCAGUCCCUGCUAAGGAAUGGACCCACAAGGACAAUAUGAUCAUCAACACGGAUCGCAUUAAGGUCGUUUACGAAGACUACAAAACCAAGCUGCGUGUUAUGGAUGUCAAGCGAGCCGACAGUGGAGUCUACACACUCACCGCCAAGAACAAGAACGGUAUUGACAUUGCUGAUGUGAAUGUGGUUGUGUUGGACGUCCCGGCCCCACCAGAGGGCCCCAUUCGUCACGAAAACCUGUCGAAGACUGGAGUCACGCUUAUGUGGCGUCCACCGAAAGACGAUGGUGGUUCGGAAAUUCUGCAUUAUGUCGUUGAAAAGUUGGACACUGAUCAACUGCGUUGGAUUCCGGUUGGAGAAACGAUUUCCACCAAGAUCCGUCCGGACAAUUUGAUCGAGGGUCACUCGUACCAGUUCCGUGUACGCGCCGUUAACAAACAGGGUGAAUCUAUUCCUUUGACCACUUCUCAACCGAUCACAGCCAAGGAUCCGUACGCCAAACCAGACAAACCUGGCAAACCGGUGGUUGUGGAUUGGAGCGAUAACUACGUAAGCUUGGAAUGGAGCAUACCCAAGAAGGACGGUGGAGCUCCGAUCACAAGCUACGUCGUGGAGAAGAAGCCUCGCUAUGGUGACUGGAAAUUCGCUGGAGAGUUCACUGAGCUGUUCAAGCCAUCUGCCAAGAUUACCGAUUUGGUCAAGGACGAGGAGUACGAGUUCCGUAUUUGCGCGGUCAACAAGGCUGGUGUCAGCGAUCCUAGCGAAUCAUCGGAUCCAGUGGUCUGCAAGUCUCGCUUCGUACCACCGCACUUCGAUAAGAAUGCUCUGAAGGAUCUGAUCGUUCCGGUGGGUAAGAAGAUCGCUUACAACGUAACGGUUGAAGCCUCACCGAAUGUGACGGCCGUUUGGAAGCGCGAUGGUGUCGUGAUUCCAGAAUCGCAGAGAGUUAUCCGCGAAGCGUACAACAAUGAGGUUUCCUUGGAAAUUCCAUUCUCCAUCCGUGAAGACUGCGGUAUGUACACGCUGAUUGUGAAGAACGAAUGUGGUGAGUACUCGGCUUCAGGACAUGUGACCGUUUUGGAUAAGCCAUCGCCACCGGAAGGACCACUCAGAAUUACCAACAUCACUACCGAAGGAUGCCAUCUGGAAUGGAAGCUGCCCAAGGACGAUGGUGGCAGCCCAAUCACGCACUACGUUAUCGAAAAGAUGGACAUGUCCCGUGGCACUUGGUCUGCUGCCGGUAUGAGCACCUCGCUGGUGAACGAAAUUUCUCGAUUGAUUCACAACAAGCGUUACUCGUUCAGAGUUAAGGCCGUGAACGAAAUUGGUGAAUCGGAACCUUUGGAUUCGUCCAAUCCAAUUGUGGCGAAGAAUGACUUCGAAGAGCCAUCACAACCACCAAAACCACAGGUUGUCGAUUGGGAUGCCAAUUCGGUCAGCUUGGAAUGGAAUGCACCCAAGUCCGAUGGCGGUGCUCCAAUCACCGAAUACAUUGUGCAGAAGAAGGAGAAGGACAGUCCAUACUGGAGUACCGCUGGACGUGUGCCCGGAAUUCAGCGCAAUCUCAAGGUUCCAGAUCUGGCCACCGAAACCGAAUGGGAGUUCCGUGUCAUUGCUGUUAACGCCGCUGGAGAAUCCGAACCAUCGGAUGCCUCGGAUGCUGUGCUUACGCGAUCGCGCUUCAUUGCCCCCAAGAUCGUUACUCCUCUGCGAGAUAUGGUCGUCAAGGCUGGUCUAAUCUUCCACUUGGAUGUGACCUUCACGGGAGAACCGGCACCGGAAGUUGUUUGGACGUUGAACGGAAAGCCUGUUGAAAGUGACAAGCGCACGACGAUGACCGCCGUUGGACACCACACCAUUGUGCAUACCGUGAACUGCAAUCGCGGCGAUUCUGGGGAAUACAAGCUGAAGAUCAGUAACUCGAGCGGAACCGACGAAGGAAGUCUGCGCCUGACUGUGCUGGACCGUCCAGAUCCACCAGAGGGUCCUAUGAACUACGAGGAAAUCACGGAGAAGAGUGUUACGAUCUCUUGGAAACCUCCCAAGGACAAUGGUGGUUCGGAAAUCACUGGAUAUGUGGUGGAAAAGAAGGAUCUUACCCAUGGAGGAGGAUGGGUACCGGCUGUGGCCUAUGUCAGUCCAAAGUACACCCACACUGUUGUGCCUCGCCUCAACAAGGGCAACAAGUACGAGUUCCGUGUUAUGGCCGAGAACCUUCAGGGACGCUCGGAUGGUUUGAUGAGCAAGCACCCAGUUGUAGCCAAGGAUCAGUUCGUCGCUCCUGGACCUCCCACGAAACCGGAUAUCACAGAUAGCAAUUAUGACUUUGUCACGCUCAGUUGGAAGCCUCCAAUCAGUGAUGGCGGUUCAAGAAUCAGUGGAUACAACAUUGAACGACGAGAUACGGCUACUGGAAGAUGGAUUCAGGCCAACAAGUACCCGGUUCCGAACAUCGAAUUCACAGAUACAGGAGUCAUCAAGGGCCAUCAGUACGACUAUCGUGUUUCGGCCGUCAAUGCUGCUGGACAGGGUCAACCUAGCGAUCCAUCAAGCAAGUGCUGGGCCAGACCAAUGCAACAGGCUCCCAAACUCAAUCUUGACAGUUUUGGCAAACGUACGAUCAAGGUGCGUGCUGGAGAACCAAUCAUCAUCACAAUUCCGUUGGUUGGCGCUCCGAUUCCGACUGUCGAAUGGUUCCGUAAUGGAGUUAAAGUACCGGAAACGUCUCGCACUACCAUCGAUACCAACAGCGAACAGACCGUGUUCCGUGUCGAGAAGAGUGAACGCAAGGAUUCGGACACCUACAAGAUCAAGGCGUCGAACCAAUACGGAGAAGAUACCCGCGAGUUUGAAGUCAUCGUCGUCGAUCGUCCACAACCACCACGAAAUGUGUUCGCCUUGGAAACCACCCAAGACACCGUUACCCUCAACUGGGAUCCACCAAAGGACGACGGUGGCUCGGAUAUCACCGGAUACAGUAUCGAGUACAAAGAAUUCCCAUCCGAUAACUGGAAGAUGGUCUACGGUACUGUUCCUCGAUGUGCGCAUACUAUCAAGCAUCUGACCGAGAACCAUGAGUACAUCUUCCGUGUCCGUGCCGAGAACAUUUACGGAGCAUCGGAUCCAACCGAAAGCAAAACCAUUUCGCCGAAGAGCCCUGACCCACCACAGGCCGUCGAUAAACCAGCGAUCGAAGAUUACACUCCGAGCUCGUGUACUAUUUCUUGGAAGCCUCCGCGAGUGCAAACUCGCCCUGUCGUUGGCUACAUCGUCGAGAAACGUGAACGUGGUACUGGCGAUUGGGUGCAGGUUAACAACUACCCAACUGUCAACACUACUUAUACCAUCCCGGAUCUGAUGGAAGGCUUCCGCUACGAAUUCCGUGUGAAGUCCGUCAACGACGUUGGAGUCAGCAAACCAAGUGAACCGACCGAUCCAAUCACCGCCCAAUACCAACGCAAACGGCCGAAUCAACCCGAUCCACCGUCGAUCGAUAAGAUCUCCCGCAACAAUGUCACCCUGUCGUGGCGUACGCUACGUAAGGAUGCCAAGGAAAAGAUCAAGGGCUAUUUAAUCCAGUAUCGUGUCAAGGAUGAAGAAAACUGGAAGGACUCCAACAGCUUGGCUGAUUUGUGCAGCGACCAAUCGUACCGCGUCGAAAACUUGGAAGAGAACAAGGAAUACCAGUUCCGAUUGAUUGCCGUCAACGAUAUCGGUUCGUCAGAUCCAUCGCGUCCAAGUAUCUCGGUCACUCUACAGGAACAGCCCAACAAACCAAUGAUGGACCUGCGCAACGUUCGGGACAUUACAGUCCGUGCAGGAGAAGACUUCAACAUUCAUAUCCCGUACACGGCUUUCCCGAAACCGGUCGCCACUUGGUUCGCCAACGACGACCAGCUGGAUGACUCCGAUUCUCGUGUCCAUCAACAACUUACCGAUGAAGCCGCUAUCAUGGUCGUCACCAACAGCAAACGCUCCGAUUCUAAGCAGUACCGUCUGAUGCUCAAGAAUCCAUCUGGCUACGACAUCGGAACUUGCAACGUCAAGGUUCUGGACAAACCAUCCAAACCGGAAAACAUUGCCGUCGAAUCGUACGGUGGCGAACAUUUGACAUUGUGCUGGAACACUCCUCUGGACGAUGGUGGCUCUCCUGUCACCAACUACGUCGUCGAACGGAAGGAAAAGAACGCUUCCAGCUGGACCAAGGUCAGCAGCUACUGUACGACCACCUAUCUCAAGAUACGCAACCUGCGCGUCAACCAGCAGUACGAAUUCCGCGUCUACGCCGAAAACAAGUACGGUAUGUCAGAGCCGGCUCAAUCCGACACCAUCAUUGCCAAGCAUCCGUUCGAUGUUCCAACGCAACCUGGAACUCCGACCCGUGUCGAGACCACCGAAGACUCCGUCACCAUUACUUGGGCCAAACCAGCCAGCAACGGAGGCUCACCGAUCACGCACUACAUCGUCGAGAAGCGACCGGCUGCCGAAGGCACCUGGACCAAGGUUCAACAGGGCACGCUCAAGGAUCUCAUGUGCAAGGUAUCGGGACUCAGCGAGAAUCGCGAAUACAUCUUCCGCGUUGCUGCAGUCAAUGCGGCAGGACAGUCUCCGUUCAGUUCUGCGUCAGACCCGAUCAUGGUCACGGCUGCCUUCUCCGCUCCGAAGAUCACCUCGGACAUUGGAAUGCGCGACAUUCUGGUCAUUGCUCGCGAUCCGUUCAAGAUCAUUGUUCCGUUCUCAGCCUCACCACGACCCGAUGCAUUCUGGUUGGUUAAUGGCAACGAGGUGUCGAGAAACGAAAGGAUCGAACUGCAAGUCACCGAUACGGAAGCCGUCUUCAAGAACGACAACUCGAAACGCUUGGACAGUGGCAGCUACACUAUCCAUUUGGUCAAUUGCGUUGGCAAGGAUACUGCUUCGUGCCGCGUGUUGGUGGUUGACAAACCAACACCUCCGAUUGGACCGCUUGAAGUUUCGGAAAUUACUCCCGAGUCAUGUACGCUGUCCUGGAAGGUCCCUCUGGACGAUGGUGGCAGUCCGAUUACGAACUACAUCGUCGAACGUUACGAACCACUGGGAUACUGGACCAAGGCAAGCAGUUUCGUCCGAUCAACCCACUACGACAACAUGGGUAUGGAAAAUAACAAACAGUACAGCUUCCGGGUUCGUGCCGAGAAUCAGUACGGCAUCAGCGAUCCACUUAUCUUGGAAGAACCGAUCAUUGCUCGGUAUCCGUUCACGGUGCCAGAUCCACCGAAUCCACCACGUGUGUCCGAUUGGGAUACGAGCUACGUUACCGUCACCUGGGAACGACCGCUCAUGGAUGGUGGAUCUCGUAUUCAGGGCUAUCGCUUCGAGUACCGCGACGUUACCGACAGCACCUGGAUUGUGUGCAACUUCCUCAUCAAGGACACCAGCUACCAGGUGUACAAUCUUAUGCCGGGCAGAGAAUACGAGUUCCGUGUCCGUGCCCAGAACGCUGCUGGUGUGAGCAAACCGUCAGCAUCGUCGAAACGGUUCAAGAUUCAUGGAAAGGUCACGCCACCUUCGGCACCAGGAGCCCCGGCCAUCGUUAAGGUUGGCAAGAGCUUCGUCGAUCUCAGCUGGACUCCACCGGCGAGCGAUGGUGGUUCGAGGAUCACCGGCUACUAUGUGGAGCGUCGCGACAUUGGAGGAGCACGCUGGGUUAAAUGUAACGAGUCGAAUAUUCCUGUUACGGAGCUUACAGUUACGAACCUCAUUGAGGGUGGAGUUUACGAAUUCCGUGUUUACGCUGUCAACAAUUAUGGAGUUUCACCACCUUCAGUUGAAACUCGAUCGGUUCGCAUUGGUGAACAGUUGGAUACCGAGAAACCGGAAUGGGUCAAGAGGUUGAAGUUCAGCUUGGUACCGCUUGGAAAAUCUGUGCAACUGACUUGCGAGGCUCACGGAAAGCCGGAACCAACCUGCAGGUGGUUGCGCAAUGGACGAGAAAUUACGCACGGUGGACAAUUUGCUCUGGAAAGCAAGAACGGUGUAUUCUCGUUGCACAUCUCGAAUGUUACAUACCGUGACGAAGGCGAUUACACUUGCGAGGCUAUCAACUUUGUCGGUUCGGUCCACACUACGGCUGCUGUUAAGAUUGGAGUUCCACCAAAAUUGGUCAAUAUUCCAUCGGAUGUGUACCUGAUUAAGGGAGAUAACGCCAAGAUUAAGCUUGGCUUCAGCGGAGACCAACCAAUGGAAGUUAACAUUUCCAAGGAUCGUGAGAAGCUCAUCGAAACCGAACACAUCAAAUACACAGUCUUCGAUGACUACGCAGUUAUUUACAUCCGUGAUGUCGAAGAUGCCGAUAAGGGAGUGUAUUUGGUUAACUUCAAGAAUGACAGUGGAAGUGUAUCGUGCAAUGUAAAUGUUCAUGUCACUGGAUUGCCUGGACCACCGACGGGACCGCUACUGAUCAGUCACGUUACGAAGAACAUGUGCACCGUUUCGUGGAAGCCUCCGAAGUAUGAUGGAGGUCGCAAGAUCACGCAUUACGUCGUUGAGCGUCGCGAUAUCAAAUCGCAGCACUGGCUAAUCGUUUCGAACUACAUUAAGGAAACACAGUUGAUCAUCAAGGGAUUGAUCGAGUUCUCGGAAUAUCUCUUCCGUGUGUCGGCCGUUAACGAGAACGGAAUGGGUGCUCCAUUGGAAGGAUCCGAUCCGAUCAAGGCACGCGGACCAUACGAUCUGCCUUCGCCACCUGGCAUUCCAAUCAUCCACGAGGUUGGAGGUGACUUCGUCAAUUUGGAAUGGGAGAAACCAUUCUCGGAUGGUGGCACUCGCAUUUUGGGAUACUGGAUCGAGAAACGCGAACAAGGAACGGAUACCUGGCAGCGCGUCAAUACCGUGUCCUGCUCUAUUUGCACGAUCAACUGCCCGAAUCUUGUCGAAGGUCGAUUCUACGAGUUCCGUGUUGCCGCUCAGAACGAAGUCGGCUGCUCGGAAUUCUCGAAGGCUUCGCAACUGGUGAAGGCCGAAGAUCCGGAUGUAUGCAAGCCACCAGAGGUCGUCAAGCCACUGAACACACUGACCUGCGUACAGAACAGAAACGUCGAGUUUGUGUGCAAAAUCACCGGAGUUCCGCGUCCGAAGAUCACAUGGCACAAGGGUGCCCGCGAAAUAUGCUCCGGAUCUCGGUACUACAUGUACAGCGACGGAGACAUGCACCAUCUGGCUAUCAACGACGUAUUUGGCGAGGAUGCCGAUGAGUACACUUGUCGUGCGAUCAACAAGGGUGGAGUCAAGUCCACCAAGGCCUCACUCAUCAUCAAAUCCCCACCGAAGCUCAACGUUCCACCACGAUUCCGCGAUACUGCCUUCUUCGACAACGGCGAAAACAUCGAAAUCAAGAUUCCGUUCACUGGCUUCCCCAAACCACGUUGUCACUGGACCCUCAAGGGAGAACAGAUCGAAUCUGGCAGCCACUAUCACAUUGAGACUCGUGAACGUCACACUGUGUUGACCAUUCGCGAUGGAUCGCAGCUGGAUUCGGGUACCUACACGAUCACAAUCGAGAACGAGCUGGGACAGGACACCGCCGAUAUCAAGAUUCAGAUCAGCGAUUGUCCAGACAAGCCAAGGAACCUCACUGUGGACCAAAUUGGAUUGGAUCAUGUCACACUCAGCUGGUUGCCACCAUCUUGGGACGGAGGCGCAAGCAUUACGAACUACAUUGUGGAGAAACGAGAAGUGCCACUGUCUACAUGGAUCCGGGCCGGAACAACUCGCUUCAAUCAGCUCAUCAUCCCGCAUCUCUCGCCCGGACAUCAGUACGAGUUCCGCGCGUUUGCUGAGAAUGUGUACGGAAGAUCGGAGCCAUCUGAUCAGACUGAACUGGUUAGCCUGAAGGACCUGGGUAUCAAGCCUGCCAAGCGUGUCAAGUACGAACUGGACGAAAACGGCAAACCGAAGCGUCAAGGCAAGCGAGAACCAAUCUCGGACUACGACUCCUACGUGUUCGACAUCUACAGCAAAUACCAUCCGAAGCCAGUGGAGAUCUCGAACAAGAGUGUAUACGAUCUGUAUGAGAUUCUGGAAGAAAUUGGAACGGGUGCAUUCGGUGUGGUCCAUCGUUGCCGUGAACGUAAGACUGGAAAUGUCUUCGCCGCCAAGUUCAUUCCAGUGUCACAGAAUUCGGAACGCAAUUUGAUUCGCAAAGAAAUUGAUAUCAUGAACCAGUUGCAUCACCGUAAGUUGAUCCACCUGCACGAUGCUUUUGAAGACGACGAUGAAUUUGUUCUGAUCUAUGAGUUCUUGUCGGGAGGUGAGCUGUUCGAGAGAAUUACCACCGAAGGUUACCGCAUGUGCGAACAGGAAAUCAUCGAGUACAUGAAACAGAUCUGUGAAGCCGUCAAAUACAUGCACGAGAAGAACAUUAUACAUCUGGAUAUCAAGCCGGAGAAUGUGAUGUGCCAGACCAGAAAUAGCAACCAGGUGAAAUUGAUUGACUUCGGACUGGCAACGCGUUUGAAUCCUAACGAGAUGGUCAAGAUCUCGACCGGCACAGCCGAGUUUGCCGCUCCCGAAAUUGUCGAACGAGAACCGGUUGGUUUCUACACGGACAUGUGGGCCGUUGGUGUGUUGGCAUAUGUGCUGAUCAGUGGUUUAUCGCCGUUUGCUGGUGAGACUGACAUUGAUACUUUGAAGAACAUCAAACAGGGAACAUGGGAGUUUGACGAAGUCGCGUUCAAGGACGUGUCAGAGGAAUGUAAGGACUUCAUCCGUCGCUUAUUGAUAAAGAAUACCGAGAAGCGUAUGACCGCUCACGAG